AUGGCAUCCCUUAUUGCUACAGUUCUUUUAUUUGUUGGUUUUAUUGUUGUCGAUCAAUUGUUCGAACAAGGCAAUAACAGUGUUUUUCCGAGUAAAUCAUAUCGUCUCGAACAAAUCUUUCCUAAUGAUAUAACACCAUCCGAUUGGGUUUAUCGAAGUUUAAAUGUAUUUAAUUAUUUUUGGCAGCUUGCUUGGCUUUUUUAUUCAUUAACAUUUAUUUAUCGUCGAUCAGCAAAUGGUUAUCUUUAUUUAUCACCAAAAACAUUAACACUAACAUUUACCAUUAUAUAUAUAACUGGUUUUCUUAUUCAAACAAUUUGGCUUUUAUUUUUUUAUAAAACUUAUAUAAUUUGGAGUUGGAUUAUUUAUUUAGUUUCAUUUUUAUUAUUAUCACUUGCUUUAUUUAUUAUUAAUAAUAAUUUAGCAGUAAAUAAAAAAAUCUAUGAAACAGAAGGAUUUAAUCGAGAUGUUUGGUGUCUUCGAUUUUUUGCUCAAAAUGGUGUAGCAUUUUUUGCUUGUUGGACAGCUGUUCAUUUUAUUCUUACAUUCAAUAUAUUUCUUCAAAUUAAAUGUAAUUUAUCAAUGGUUAAUGCGGGUACAAUAUCAUUAAUCUUAGCAAUUAUUAUAGCUGGUGCAUAUUGUUUUGGACCUAAUAUUAACGCAGUACUUGUUGAAAGAUGUGCCUAUCAAUUUUCACCGUGGCUGGUUUCUAUUAUAUUCUUUUGGGGUGUUGUCGAAAAUAAUUGGAUACCAAAAAAUCCUACAAGAAAUAAUAUUAUUGCAGCUAUUGAAUUACUAGCAAGUCUUGUGUCAGCUAUUGCUGCAUUGGCAUUGUUUACAAUGCGUUAUCGGGCUUCGAAAAUAGAUCCUCUAAUCUAA